CGUCGGAGCAUCCAGCAGAAAUAGCUGAGACGGCACUCGAAUAUAUUCUCCGAAAGUGUUACAUACAUUAGUGUUACAUACAUUAGUGUCUCGAAAACUAAGUACACCAACUACCAAAUCCAAAUUAUUCUUAUCAUUAAGUGCACUCAUAAACUUGUUGCUUCCCAUUUGAAAAUAAAAAAAAGCAAAAUGUCUCGCUGCUAUUAACGUGAUUGAUAAUACUUAUAACGUGAUUCAUAUACCGGAUCUUACUUAGACCUAAUCAAUCUACUGUUAAUAAGUCGCGGUAUUAAAAUCAAGUGUCGCGCGACUGUCUGAAAUGAAAAACAUCUCAUUAAAUAAUAUUAACGAGUGGCUGACGAAAGAAUCUCGCACCGGCACCGCACGUUGCCGUGCCAACUAAGUGUCGGGAGGGAUCAUCUUAUAUUUACAAAAUGUUAAGAUCGUUGAUGUGUGAGAGAUAUAUAUGAAUUGAAGCACUCGAGUGUUGGAAGACCGCGGUUAAAAGGAGCUCUCGGCACCCGGUCACAAAAUCAUCUUUAGAAUCUGGAUGGCAGUCCAAUAAAUGACUUGCGUCCGCACGUCUCAUAACUAAAACAUGUAGCUUCAUUUAUUGAAUAUCAACAUACAGAUUAUCAUGCAUGACGCAAGCUGUUAUGCUCGGCGCGGUUAUACUGCCUUUCGCUUUUCUUCUCAUUGAUGGCAGCUUGAGAUCAACACGUGAAGAUGAUGGCUGAGAAUAGUAGCAACAUUACAACGGUAUACAGACCCUAUCAGGAAGCCGACCAUUUCUUACAGCAAAUCCAACAGUAUUAUACGCCGAUUCUCGUACUCCUGGGCCUGCUGGGCAAUUGUCUGUCCAUGUGCGUAUUCUUCGGCACGAAACUACGUUAUUCCUCAUCCAGCAUUUACUUGGGAGCGCUAGCAAUAAGCGAUAGCGGCUUCCUGAUAGCAGUUUUCGUGACCUGGCUAAAAAUGGUGCACGUGAAUCUAUUCAAUCGGCAUGGCUUCUGCCAGUUCUUCGUCUAUCUCGGCACUCUCUGUAGCUUCCUCAGCGUGUGGCUCGUAGUAGCCUUCACCAUUGAGCGAUACAUGGCAGUCAGGUGGCCGCUUCGUCGCCAAAUCUUGUGUACAGUAGCCCGAGCGAAGAUGACAGUGAUGGGACUAACAGCAUUAGCGAUUCUGCUGAGCAGCCCAGUGAUUUGGUUCUCCAAAAUCGAUAAAAACUCGACCUGUGGCUUGGACAAAGACUGGGAGUCCUGGGCAAUCGCUUACAACACCUUUGAUAUUGUCAUGACAUUUGCCGUGCCUCUGACCUUGAUAGUGAUCUUCAAUACUCUGAUAGCGCGCAACAUCUACAAGCUCGACCACAUCCGAAGAACUUUGACUAUAGAAUCCAAUAUUUCCAACGAGAGGGCUCAUACUCCACGAGACAGAAUGCCGCAGACUAAAGUCACGAAAAUGCUUCUGCUCGUUUCGACUGCGUUCUUCUGCCUCAAUAUGCCUGCAUUCGUUCUCAGGGUGGUCGCUUUCCUCUACGAUAACAGCAAAUCAGUGAUAUGGCUUAUUUUGGCGCAACAAAUGUGCCAAUUAUUAUUCGACACGAGUUUCGGAAUAAAUUUCAUUCUUUACUGCGCGAGCGGACAGAAUUUUCGCAGAGAGAUGGUUCACAUGUGUACAAAGCGUUCAAGUACUAGGAGAAGUGGAACUCUCAUGCAGAUGGCGAGUCAUGGAAAACAGUGUGUUUCAGAAUUCACGCGCAGAUACACCUCAACAAAACGGCCGCACUUUGCCGACAAUGCGCAACAGAAAAACUCUCAGGAGACGCAAAAGCUACCAGUGAAUAAAGAAUUAUGAUACAAUAAAACAUCAGUUUCAAACAACUGAGUAAAUGCAUGUUAGAAGACAAUCAGAGAAUUAUGUGUAAUGUACCGACAUAGUAUUACGGUGCACAUAUAUGAAAACAUGGAUUAUAAGCUUACCAGCUUCGAGUUCUGUAGCUGGAAGCGGACCUACAUUUCCGAAGAAGCGUUGAUCCAGUAGUUGAAGAAGUUGAAGCGCUGCAUCGUGAACUGGAGCGCGAGGACAUCCUGUAUUCAUUAAUGUUACGUUGAUGACACUCGUGUAAUGGUCGCAAGGAUACUCCCUAAAGAAAAGAAAAUCAUAAACUCACGAUUGUCAUACUGUUUAUUAGCUUUGUUAUUCUAUCUGCGGCUUAUAUCCGCGACUCUGUCAAGAAAUAUAUGUCUCGCAGUCUUUACUCGCUAUGUAUAUAUCGUAUUUUCUUCUAAUAUCAAGAGACACGGUAGUGUCUCGCGCUAAGUACACGCGGAGCGAGAUCGCACCGUGACUCUUUUACGCGAUACUUCACUACUUCAAUAAACGUUUUUGUAUAAAAUAUUUAU